UAUAUCAUAACAAUAAUAAGUUAUUAUACCUUUGAGUAAACAAAAUUAAUUUAGCAGAUAAGUCAUGGCAGGUUUAGUUUCAAUGAAGUGCCAAGUUGCAAUGUUGCUUAUAUUGGUUAUAGCAUUAGGGAGCAAGAUGGAGACGAGUGAAGCACAAAGUAGCUGCCCAGUUCAGCUGAGCAAUUUGAAUGUCUGUGCACCAUUUGUUGUUCCUGGUACCAAUGCAGACCCAAGUGCUGAUUGCUGCAGUGCACUCAAAGCUACCAACCGUGACUGUCUCUGUAACACACUCAGAAUCGCUUCUCAACUUACUUCUCAGUGCCAACUCCCAUCCUUUGGUUGCGUUUUAGGCAAUUAGAGAAUGAUGAUGUGAACCAUGGGGAAUAAAAGGUUGAAAGAAGGACACUUCCGUCUUGUUUGGUGACUUUUCUUUUUCUUUUAUAAUGUUGUGAUAUAACUAUCACAAGAAAAUAGAUGUGAUAAUCAGUACUAAGAAAUAAAGAAAGUUGGAAUUUUUUCCUUAGAUGAUAUUA